AUGGCAAAGUGCAUCUUUUGUAAAAUUAUUAAACGCGAGAUGCCCUCGUAUAAACUACUCGAAACGGAGCAUUCUUAUGCUUUCUUGGACAUUUUCCCACUGUCGAAGGGACAUUCGCUUGUGAUUCCCAAAAGUCAUGCAGAAUUCUUCCAUGAAUUGUCUGAUGAAAGCGUAGCUGAUUUGUCGCAAGUUACAAAGAAGGUUGCAAAUGCGGUUAUUGCCGCAACUGGAGAAACACAGUAUAAUAUACUUCAGAAUAACGGAGCACGUGCACAUCAGGUUGUGAAGCAUGUUCAUUUUCAUAUAAUUCCGAAACCUGAGGCAGACAGUCAGCAAGGGUUAAUGAUAGAGUGGCCUUCUGCAAAGGCAACUGAAGACGAGUUAAAAGACCUCAGCGCCAAGGUAUUGGAGAAAUUAUGA